AUGUAUCCUAGUCGCCAGAAGUCUAAAAGUACCUACGGCACUGUGCCGGAUAGCGCUGGUUACUCCCAGUCCUUAGAUCCUCAACAUCUGGGAGUCCUGACCGAUAUCCCCACCAGCGCUCCAUCCAGCUCUCACACUCACAUGUCCGCUCUUCAACAGAUGGACUUUAUAGAGGUCCAACCAGACCCUCGAUCUUUCCUAUCCCCGGGGCACUAUUCCACUGGGAGAAGAGGAUCGACCGACACUGAUACAAUUGGCUCUCAAUACGCAUGGUCCGCUGCGUCUAACGCAGACAUCCUCUCAAACUCUCCUCAUAUGCGCUCCUUUGAGACCCCCGUCGGCCCGACCACAUCGCCCUUCAUUCAAGGCUAUUAUCCCCCAGGAUCUCUACCCCUCGUUAUGGGCGGCCCGGGCGUGUCGGGCUAUACUCCCCAGCAAAUCGACAAAUGGUGCAUUGAGAGCGAACCAGCCCAAGACUUCUACCAUUCACAACCUUUCGCAAACAUAGGUUCUAUGCGCUUUCCGCCAUCAAUAGAAGUGCAACCAGAGCCCUACCCAACAUUCAACCCUCAACUCAACACUGCGAACGAGCAGUGGCUCUCCUGUCCACCGCAUUCCUCUGAUACUAUCCCAGAAGCUUUCUUCUCAAUCCCCCGAUCCGUCUCGGCUCCUCGGUCAGUCCCAGCUCCAACACCCUAUCCCUACCAAUCCACCGCUACAACCUCAACCGCCUCCUCGCCACCACACUCCCACUCCGACCCAGAUUCUCCACCACCUGCACCAGGCUCAGCCUCCGGCUCCGGUUCCGGCUCCAACUCCGGUGACCUAAGCAACUACGGCAUCCCAACAAGCGACGGUAACUGGCGCUGCGCCCACCCGGGCUGUUCCUCGCAGGCUGUCUUUCACCGAGGCUGUGAUUUGAGGAAGCACUUCAACCGUCACCGAAAGCACCUAUUCUGUCGCUAUGAGGGAUGUCCCCAAUCGGCGACGAAUGGCUUUAGCAGCAAGAAGGACCGUGCUCGCCAUGAGGCGAAGCACAAUCCUGGUGUCUUUUGUGAGUGGGAGGGCUGUGGGAAGGUGUUUAGUCGUGUCGACAAUAUGAAAGACCAUGUGAGGAGGAUUCAUCGGAAAGGGGAGGCUGGAAAGGCUUAG